UCUAAACUUGUCACCUUCCUUUGUGCAUUCCUCUCUCUCUCUCUCUCUUUCUCCCCUCUGACUCUCUAACAUGAAGAAGUUCAAUUUGAUGCUAAGAAAGUGCAAGACCUUGUCAAGGCAGUUGGGCAGGACUUCAUCAUACAGCAGCCUGAGGUCGAACUCCACAAGAGAUGACUUCUGGGCUGGUCGUGCCGAUGAGGAGAGUGAAAUAGUUUUCGUUGGGAAAACAAGACGGCGGUACGUGAUCAGUUCAAAGUACUUUAAUCAUCCCCUUCUAAACGCUCUCAUUCAAAAGUCGAAGCAAAACCCGGGUGACGAUGAUAUGAUCACGGUGAAAUGUGAGGUUGUUCUCUUUGAUCACCUCCUGUGGAUGCUUGAAAAUGCCGAUCCUAAUCUCAGUUCUGAUUCUUUGGAGGAAUUGGCUGAUCUUUACGUGUUCUAAAACAUGAUACGACGCAGUUUUAUGCAAAUACUGCAAGGAGACACAGAGACAGAUGGUUAUUAGAUGGUUUUUUUUUUAUUCUUGUUAUUUUCUUUUGCAAAUACUGCAAGGAGACAGAGAGACAGAUGGUUAUUAGAUGGUUUUUUUUUUUUAUUCUUGUUAUUUUCUUUGGUUACUAGUGACUCAUUGUGGUUGUUGUGAAGGAUCAACAAUUUGGUCAAGUCCAUAUGUAUUGGGUUCUUCACGUAUGUGAAUGAUGUCGUUGUCGUUGUUGUGCUAUUAUGUGAUUUUUUUGGAUCCUCAUGUGCUAAUAAAAUCCCUCAAAUAUAUGGCUCCAUUUGUUAC